AUGGAUUCACUAGGAAACUAAGUUAGUUUUAAUGGUCCUCUCAAAAAUGAAGUCUAGAAAUUUGUUUAAUAAACCUUACAUAAAGAAUUAGAUAAAAUAACAUAUGAUCACACCGAUGCUCAAACUAGAAGUAAUAAAAUCUGUGAUUCGAUAUUGAAACAAUUAACAACUAAUAACAAAAAUUUCAAAUUCAUUGUGAAUUGCCUCCUAAUGUAGAAGGCUGAAUGUGGUCUCAACAUUUCUGGAUCUUGCUAUUGGGAUAACGAAACUGAUGGAUCACUCACCAUCAAACAUGAAACUGAAGCAAUGAUAGGCAUAGUUAAUGUAUUUGCAUGUGCAUUAUGACCAAUAUAUAUAAUAAUAAUAUAUAUAAUAUUAUAAA